AUGAAUCUAGUAGUAAUAACAUUUAUUAUUGCCUCAACCCUAUCCCUUAUCUUAGCAAUUGUUGCCUUCUGGCUCCCCCUGAUAACCCCUGACCACGAAAAACUUUCACCCUACGAAUGCGGAUUUGACCCACUAGGAUCAGCACGACUGCCCUUUUCAAUUCGCUUUUUUUUAGUAGCAAUUUUAUUUUUACUUUUUGACCUAGAAAUUGCUCUCCUACUUCCUCUCCCGUGAGGAGAUCAACUUAUUAAUCCCCACCUUACCUUCUUUUGAGCUACUAUCUUACUUAUUUUACUGACCCUUGGUCUUAUUUAUGAAUGAAUUCAAGGAGGACUAGAAUGAGCAGAAU